AUGGGACGCACACGACCAAAAACUCGCAAAGCGAAAGCUUUAGUCACAGAACACACCGCGGAGCCGGCCACUGCGCCGCCAAUAUCCGCACUCCUCGAGAAGGCGCAGGAGCUGAUCGUGAGCUGCGACUACGAGCUCGCGGCCCGCUUUGCUCGGCGGGUGCUCGAGCGCGAGCCGCAGCAUGUGGAGGCGAAGGAGAUGCUAGGGGUUGCACAGCUAGAGACGGGCGAGCUCGAGGCUGCGAAAAAGACGUUCCUAUCCCUCAUUCCCCCACAUCCUGGAGCGCCGCCGACGCCUCCACCGUCGGCGCACCUGUAUCUUGCGCAGCUGAGCGAUGACGACCCGCACCUCGCGCUGAAGCACUACCAGACGGCUGUGGAUAUUUUAUCCAGCCAGUUGAAGGGCAAGGAGCGGGCCGUCGAUCACGCGGCCGCAAACGACGACGACGCUGAAAUCAGGCGGAGUAUCGUGCGUGCUAUCAUUGGGAUGGUGGAAAUCUGGAUGGAUCCCUCAUACGACCUAUGCUUUGACCCCGCGGCGGAGAAGACGUGUGAGGAUUUGCUCAACCUCGCGCUGCAAACGGACCCCGGGAAUACGGAAGCGCUGCAGGCGUUCGCCUCGGUGCGGAUGUCCCAGCAGCGACCGGACGAUGCGAAGGCGUACCUAGAGCAGGCUUGGAGCCAGUGGAAGGAUCUCGACCUUGACGACUCAAGAUUACCGCCAAUACCGAGCCGACUCGCACUCGUGAAACUUUUCCUGGAACUUGCACUCUACACGGCAGCCCUAUUGGUCCUGCAGGGGAUCAUGGCGGCGGACGAUCAGGAAGUCGAAGCGUGGUAUCUGGAGGGCUGGUGUUUCUUCCUCAUGGCCGAGCAGGCGCAGGAGAACGGCGGCAAGCUCGACGAGCUUGGGUGGGAGGAGCUCGCGCGGGAUGCACGGGACUGCCUGGAGACAUGUCAAAUGCUGCAUGUCACUCAGGAGCACCCAGACAGGCCGCUGCUCGAGCACGUCGGGGAGCUCAUUGCGAAACUCGAAGCUCUCGGUAUACAACCGUCCCCGGAAGAGGAGGACAGGGAUGAGGAGGGUGGCUGGGAGGAUGUCGAGGGAAGCGACGACGAGGACGGCGAUGUCGAAAUGUCAUGAGUAUUGACAUUUCCCCCUGAUUUUACGUUGCGUCAACGGCUGAAAAGUACAGUAUCUCAUAGGCGGUUUACACUGGAUUUCUUGCAUUAAUUCUCGCUAUAGCCGGGAUGCGUCAC